AUGACCCCGUCCCGACCGGCGCACCGGCCCUCCUCCAUCCUCCUUCUCCAGCUGCUCUGCUGUCGGGACAUGAGGUUCUUCAGUCACGACCAGCAAGGGGAGCUCAAGCCUUGUUUACGGUUGGAGACUGGCCGUGACCAUGUCCUGCCCAUUGACUAUUACUUCCCACCUCAGAAGACCUGCCUGAUCUGUGGAGAUGAAGCGUCCGGGUGCCAUUACGGAGCCCUCACGUGUGGGAGCUGCAAAGUCUUCUUCAAACGGGCGGCUGAAGGCAAACAGAAGUACCUGUGUGCCAGCCGGAACGACUGCACCAUCGACAAGUUCCGACGGAAAAACUGCCCCUCCUGCCGCCUGCGGAAGUGCUACGAGGCCGGGAUGACGCUCGGAGCCCGCAAGCUGAAGAAACUGGGUAACCUGAAGACACAGGAUGAGGUGGAGGCAGGCAGCUCAUCCAGCCCCACGGAGGAGCAAGCUCCCAAGCUGGUGAUGACACGCAUCGAUGGCUACGAGUGCCAGCCCAUCUUCCUCAACGUCCUGGAGGCCAUCGAGCCCGGCGUGGUGUGUGCUGGCCACGACAACAGCCAGCCAGACUCCUUCUCCAACCUGCUGACCAGCCUGAACGAGCUUGGGGAGCGGCAGCUGGUCUACGUGGUCAAAUGGGCGAAGGCCCUGCCAGGAUUUCGCAACCUGCAUGUGGACGACCAGAUGUCAAUAAUCCAGUACUCUUGGAUGGGCCUCAUGGUGUUUGCUAUGGGGUGGAGAUCCUUCACCAACGUCAAUUCCAGAAUGCUUUACUUUGCUCCAGACCUGGUCUUCAAUGAGUACCGCAUGCACAAAUCCAGGAUGUACAGCCAGUGUGUCAGGAUGAGGCACCUCUCCCAGGAGUUCGGGUGGCUUCAGAUCACACCCCAGGAGUUCCUCUGUAUGAAGGCUCUCCUUUUCUUCAGUGUUAUUCCAGUGGAUGGCCUGAAGAACCAGAAGCUCUUCGAUGAGCUCCGCAUGAAUUACAUUAAGGAACUUGACCGUAUCAUCGCCUGCAAGAGGAAGAACCCCACCUCCUGCUCCCGGCGGUUUUACCAGCUCACCAAGGUCCUGGACUCCGUGCACCCGAUUGCCAAGGACCUGCACCAGUUUACAUUUGACCUGUUAAUCAAGGCACACAUGGUGAGCGUGGACUACCCGGAAAUGAUGGCUGAGAUCAUCUCUGUGCAGGUUCCCAAGAUCCUGUCUGGAAAAGUCAAGCCUAUCUACUUCCAUGCACAGUGAUCUUCCAUAGGGACCCCCGAGCUGCCUCCCCCAUUCCAGCCAUCUCCUGCCUGUUAUUUCUGCACUACUGUCCUGCAGUGCCUUGGGGAAUCCCUCCACAGUGGUGGCCAAGGGGACAGGCAGUGACAGACCUGCUGGGAUUCCUGAGAUUUCUGUUUUCCUGAGGUACCUCUGAACUGAACCCCCGGCCUCAGCCUCUGCCCAGCUCUGGCUGCUUGUGGUGAUGGACAGGGACUGGCACGGAGCAGCAGGACCCCACCUGCUCUUGUCUCUGUGUUUGUCGCCGUGACUCCAGCGGCCCAGGGCCACAGAAGAGUGGGAGAAGUGCCAGUAGUUGGUGGGUUUGGGGUGUUUUCUGUACGCAGAACAUGACA